AACAAAUUAAAUUCGGAAACUGAGGUAUGCCUGUAUUAGAAUUAUAAUAUAUAAUCUCUCUAUCUAUUCAGUUAUCUUCAGGCUGGUCACAUAAUAUGCAGGGUCCUCUUCUUCCUGCACUGGGCAUUUCUCACUCCAGGGGCGGACUGACCAUUUGGAAACUCAGGCACUGCCCGAGGGCCUGGGAUACGUCCCUGGUACCUUUUUCAUAGGCUUUUUUGAGUUUGUGCAAGGACACAGGGGCCCCAUGAUCCCCCAUUGCUCGGGGG